CACACCUAUCAUAUGACUUACCAAGUAUAUAAAACCCAACCCAAAAAUCUCCCUCUAUUAACUCUUAACUCUCCACUAUCUUUCCCAUAACAAAAACACAAACACCAACAAUGUCAAAAACUCCACAAAAAAACUCACCAACAAAAGCAUCAAACAACAAACCUCCAAUAUGGGAUUGUGGAAGCUCACUCUACGAUUCAUUCGAAUUAAAAUCCUUCGAACGUCAAUUAGAUUCCGCAAUUAUAUCUUCCCGAAGCUUAUCAAUGCCUCAUUUACCUGAUCAUCAUCGCAUUCCACUUUCUUCUUCUUCAGAUCCACAGCAACACCAACAAAAAAUCACUCCAAAAAGAACUUCUAGAAUCACUAGAUCUUUCCAGAAGCUUCUCAAAUCCGUUUUCAGAGCCAAACAGCAUAACAACUCACUCUUUCAAGGCACAAAUGGCGAUGGAUUUUACGUUGUUUAUGAUAAAUCUGGUGCACUUACUACCAUUCCAGAAGGACCAGAGUACGAUGGACUUUCGCCGGAGAUUAAGUCGCUGGUUAGAAGAACCGGUUCUGAAAGGUUCACCGCGACAGCUGCUAUUGGUAUAUCAUGUGCUUAAUAUAUAGUUUAAUUAGAUCUUAAUAUUAGUUAUAUGUAGUAAGUAAUCAGAAGAAUCAACGGUGAAAAACAUAUCUAAAGUAUUUCGAUUUUUUCGAGUUUUUAGUGAGUUUUCUAUUGAAAUUAUCACCAAAUGUUCAUCGAAACACGUGAAUUGAUCAUCAUUUUUUCUGUCGUUCAAGAAGGAAAAAUGAAUAAUUGAUAGUUAAAAUCGUGUUUUGGUAAAGAGUUGGUGAUGGUUUAGGUAGAAGACUAACCCAUUUAAUAGAAAUUCUAAGCAAUCGGGAUGAUUGAGGUGUUUUUUUUUUUUGCUAUUAAUUCAAAUUAGGAACUGAAGACUAAUAUGUAUAGUGUUUGGUGAAGUUGCUUUCAGCGGUACAAUAAUUUGUUUCUGCUUUUGGGAUAUUGUUGUUGUUAGUUUUUUGAACUCAAAAAUUUGAAGUUUUCAUGGCCUACAAUGUACAACUACUAUAUUUGACAUCAUUCCAAAAACAUUGGCUCAUCUA